AUGGAAUUGGAGUGUUUCGGAUAUACACCCAAAAGAAUGAAAUCGAGAAAGGCCGAGGUUUUAAGAUUUGAGAAACGUAAAAUCCAAGAAUCCGAAGAAGAGCUAGAUGCUCUAAAACAAGAGAUCCAAAGCCUCAAAAGAAGAUUAGUAUCGUCGAAAAAGCUUUUCGAUGAUUUUUCCAAUGAUUUCAGUAAACUUUUUGAAAAUGAAACGGAAUGCGACGCUAUUAUCGAAGUGGAUGAAACCUCGACUAGUCAACAAUUCAAAGUUCAUUCGGCAAUUUUAUGCUGCAGAUGUCCCUAUCUUUAUGAAAGAUUAGAAAAUGAUGAAAAUGAUGUAAGAAAAAUCAGACUAACUCAAAUGUCGGCAAAGAUUAUUGGCAUUAUCGUCAGGUAG